UGCCGCCUCGCCUCGGUCAUCUUCCUUUCACCCCCGAUAACGACCGGACGUAACGCGGAUCUCUUCAACGAGCUACGGGAGUUCCUAAGAAGCCCCCCUCCAUGCUGUCCCCGGGAGACCCGCCGGUGUUAACUCGACUUUCCCCGACCACCGCGCUGGAUUCUUGGAAACCAUGAAAACGUGGUCGCGGGAGCCCGUCCUCGGCGUGUUCCUGUUAGUUUUCACGCUUACUCCAUCGUGGUGGCCCCUCGGGGCUGGGACUCCUAUAAACAGCAACACGGAUGCAGGGACGACCGCCAUUUACUUUUCUUUGAGAAGUACCGGUGAAGUGAACAACACGGAGUACGAGUCGACUUCCACUUCAUCUCCCCCAAGUGAGAGUUCACCCCCAUCCCUGCUGCUCGCGCACUUUGCGGACACUGAGCAAACACAAACCACAAGAGAAAUAAGUGCAAAAUCGCUGGAGACUGUUCAUGGAUCCACUGAGUCAUUCACGUCCUCCCUGGUCGGCACCUCUUCUGAGACCGGCAGUAGCAGCAAAAGCUGGAGUGAUGCUUCACAAACCAAAAACCUGCCUAGUGUCCCGGCCGGUGUGUCCAACAAAGAACUGUUUUCCCGUAUGUCGACACAGGACUCCUCUAAUCUCCAUCUUGGAGAAGUCAUCCCCUUCAGGUCGCAGACUCAAACCCUCACAGACAGCAUCUUCACCUCAACCACCAUCAGCCGGGCUGGAGAGAGGACCCUGCUAUCUGUCACCUCUUCUUCCUCUAAGAACAGUUCCUCCUCCUCAGUCUUUACAGAGGGCUCAAACUCUCAUCAACCCUCCUCUACUUGGAGCAUUCCAUCUCCAGGUGGAGCAAAGACUGAAGACUACACUCACAGUGUACAGUCCACUGAAGAAACAGAAGCCCUUUUGCGCACUCAGUCGUCAUUUCCCGAAGCAUCCCAAGGAACCCAAACCCUUGCCGGACAUCUGAAUGCCACUGGACAUCAACACAUGCUAACAUCAGAGGCAACUUCACUCUCGACGCCCAGCAUGUCCAGCACCGAAAAAUCAAAUGACUACUUCUACUCCACAUAUCCAGCGGUAUCGCCCGUGAAGAAUCCCACUUUCGUACCCAACCAGGAGUCCACAGUGGAACCUUUCACUGAAUCUUCUAGGGUGACCAUAAGCUAUAGCUCUCAGAACACUGGCUUGAGCACAGAGAUUUUAUCUAGAAGCGAGGAGGAACACUUUACUUUCACCACAGCUCCCCCACUGAUUAGUGGUACGACAAAUCAGUAUGACACCCACAUGAAAUCAACUGACGACUUCAUCACUACAACAUCAGUCGCUGUAACUGACAGAUCUGAAAUAACAGUAGCGGAUAAAAGUACAUCAAUUAGGUCCACCAGCAGCUCUCUACUCCUCGCCACUUCGUCUUCCAAGCUGAGUAGUACAUCGCUCCACUCUACUCCAGAGUCACCCACCCAAGCCAUCAUCCCUUCCACAACGUCUAUAACCAGCACCCCCACACUGGCUCGACAUAGCACUGCAGCCCCAACUACUCCUUUCUCCAACACUGACCGAAGCCUGUCGUCAUCAGCCGGGAUUGUGGAGACCACUGACGUCACCACCUCGAUUCUGGAAACGAGCACAGCCACCGUGGUCGUCACCACACCGACCCAAAGCCGACGCACUACUGUUCCUUACAUCCUCAGCGACCCGACAAGAAGCCCGGGGUCUCUCUACACCACUCAAAAACAAACAGACAGGGUGACCACAGAGGGAGUGACGACAACAACACCCACUCAUGUCCUAGCCACGAAGGCAACUCCAACAAAAGCAGACCCUUGCAUGUCAGACCCAUGCAUGAAUGGAGGGACGUGCAUGAGCUACAAACAUCAUCAGUUCUCAUGUGGGUGUCAGCAGGCCUGGACGGGCCCUACUUGUAAUCAGGAUAUGGAUGAGUGUGAAAAGGAUCCCUGUCCUGUUGGCUCCACAUGCAUAAACACAAGGGGUUCCUUCAGCUGUGAGUGUCCGCUGGGCUUCGACCUGGAGGACGGACGCACGUGCACUAAAACAAAAACCUUUUUAGGAACAUUCAGUGUGUCACAUCACCAAAGUCUCUUCAAGAAUGCCACAAUACAUGAGAUCCAGAGGGAGAUUAUUCAACUGCUAAAUGCCUCCUUGUCCUCCCUCAGAGGUUACAGUCGCUCCACCCUCAGUAAGAAAGAACAACAGGACGGCGUUUAUAUAUCGGCCGUCAACAUGUUCUCCAGCUCCUCUAACGUGACGAGUACGGAGGUCUCCAAUAGUGUCCAGAUGUAUUUAAAAAACUGCAGUUCUUCACACUCUCACUGCCACAUGGUGCUGCAACACAGACUCACUUAUCAUGUGGAGAGUCUCUGUUUGGCCCAGAGGAUUCAUUGCAACCCUGAGCGUUCCACCUGCACUGAUGACACCGGCAACGCUCAAUGUCAAUGUCUACCAGGUUAUUACAAACAUAACCUUGAUGACCUGUCCUGCUUAGAAUGUGGCGAUGGCUACAAGCUGGAAAAUGGCACCUGUGUCCCUUGCAUGUUUGGAUUUGGUGGAUUCAACUGCGGAAAUUUCUACAAGCUGAUCGCUGUAGUUGUAUCGCCUGCGGGGGGCGCUCUACUUCUCAUUCUCAUCAUAGCUCUCAUCGUCACAUGUUGCAAGAGAGAAAAGAAUGACCUCAAUAAGAUCAUCUUCAAGAGCGGUGACCUGCAAAUGUCUCCGUACACCGAUUUCCCUAAGAACAACCGCAUUUCCAUGGAAUGGGGCCGGGAGACCAUCGAAAUGCAAGAGAACGGAAGCACCAAAAACCUGCUGCAGAUGACUGACAUUUACUAUUCGCCCGCAUUGCGGAACUCUGACUUGGACAGAAAUGGCUUGUACCCAUUCACGGGUCUACCCGGAUCUCGCCACUCAUGCAUCUACCCCGCCCAAUGGAAUCCAUCUUUCACAAGUGACGAUUCACGACGCAGAGAUUACUUCUAACCUUCAGGUCAAACACAAAUGCAGUGUCAGAAACAACAGACGAGGAUCAAGCGCCGAUGUGUGACUUUGUAAUUCUAAAGUGUGCAAUUUUGCAAGUAAAAUGUGCCCUGAAAAAUCUUCUCGGCUCAUUUAAGCACCUUUGCAUGGGUUAAGGUCAUUUCCUCGUAAAUGCAAAAACAUUUUUUGGGGCGAUGGAUAUGAACAGGCAAUGUUGCCAUUUCAUUCACGUCUGCUGAUAAACAUGAUAAAACCACUAAAGUUCAGUUCAUAGAAACUGAACAUGACUGAUAUGAUAACCAUUUUUAUUUAUUCAGAUUGUCCAAUUGCAGGACAUGUUGCAUUAAUGUGGAAAUGUCAUUUAAAUACACUGAAAGACAAAACCUGUGGCUUUAAGUGUGCAUGUGUAAAAUGUGCGUGUGUGUGUAAGGAGUUCAUAUUUGUAUACUAGAAGUAUUUUAAGUGCCAAGGCAAUGUUGGAAUGCAAAGAUGUAUUAUAAUUUGUUUACAAUAUUUUUAUGGAACUUGUAUCCUCUAUUCUGGCGUUUUAGCCGGAUGUGUUUAUUUAAAUAAAGACAUAUUGCACAUAUAGCUGUCUCUGUUUGAUUAUUGUGAAGUUUAUAGGAUUACUAUGCUCGCAUACAGACAACUGUGAAUUGUUUUACUGGCUGGCAUCUUAAGGGUACUCAUUUAACUCUUUGGCUGCCAUUGAUGGCACAUUCGUCCCCCCCCCCCCCAGUCAAAAUGGAUUGGACGUCGAGUGCAGUGAAACAUGAGCAUUCAUUUCCAGUCCUCUAUAUUGAACUAAUUGGGCAUCUAUAGUUGUCAAUGGCAGGCAAUGAGUUAAAUACUGUACUAUGGCGAAAAAUGGUGGCCAUACACAGAGUGUAUUUGUUUUCCUUAAUGUUUAAUUUUAUUA